AUGUCAGGGAAGAGUUUUCGAGUAAGCGACGGGGACUGGAUUUGUCCUGAUAAAAAGUGCGGAAAUGUGAACUUUGCGAGGAGAACGAGCUGUAAUCGUUGUGGUAGAGACAAAACCACUGAGGCCAAGAUGAUGAAAGCUGGAGGGACUGAAAUUGGGAAAACCCUGGCUGAAAAAAGCAGAGGACUCUUUAGUGCAAAUGACUGGCAGUGUAAAACAUGCGGCAACGUAAACUGGGCCAGACGUUCUGAGUGCAACAUGUGUAAUACACCCAAAUAUGCCAAGCUUGAAGAAAGAACAGGUUAUGGCGGUGGCUUCAAUGAACGAGAAAAUGUGGAAUAUAUUGAACGCGAAGAGUCGGAUGGAGAGUAUGACGAGUUUGGUAGAAAAAAGAAAAAGUUCAGAGGUAAAACUAGCAGCACCUCCUCUAAAGAAGGUGAAAAGAAGGAACCGAAAAAGGAAGCAGCAGUAGCACCACCACCAGAAGAGGAGGAGGAAGAUGAUGAAGAUGGGGACCUGUCGAAAUAUAAAUUAGACGAUGAUGAUGAGGAGGAGGAUGAAGACGGUGACCUCUCGAAGUACGACUUGGAUGCCAGUGACGAGGAGGGGGAUAAGGAGACGGAAAAGAAGGAGGAGAAGGAGGUGAAGAAGGGCAGUCGCUCGGGCUCGUCUCGCUCUUCUUCUCGCUCCUCCAGCUCCGCCUCUCGGUCGAGGUCCAGGUCCCGCUCUAGAAGCUCGUCCAGCUCCAGGUCUGGCUCUCACUCCAGGUCCCGUUCCAGAUCCAGCUCCAGGUCUGGAAAAGGCUCAUCCCUGAAGGCCUCUCGCUCGCCCUCCUCUUCCCCCGAGAGGACACUCAAACGCAGUCGCUCCCGCUCCUCUUCUGCAGAGAGGAAACGCAAGCGCUCUAGAUCCCAUUCGUCCGAAAGAAAACGUGGGCUGUCCCCUGGUUCAUCAAAUUCUGGCUCCAGUUCAAAAAAGAAAUAA